CGCACUCAAUAAAGAUUUAGACAAGAAUAGCGCUGAUCCGAAGUAAAGCAAACGAAUCUAGACAUUGCAUGUUCUAUGCUUGUCCAGGACGUAACACGAGUCUUCGCGCAGUCAAAUCGGCAAAAACGCGCCUCCGCUCGCUGAUUGGCUAAUUUCCAAGUGUCACGAGUAUUCCCCUCAAGCUUCAACCGAGGAGAGCGGAUUUCACGAACGAUAUUCCAGAGAGCCGUUCGAUAUUCGAUUAGAAAAUUUCACUCCGACUAGCGACGCCUACCUUCGGAAAAAACAAAUCUCUCCUCCCGGGCACGCGGUGUGAACCCCCUAUGCGCGCAGGUUGGCUGAAACAAUACUCGCGCGACAGUCACAAGAGCGCGCGGCGCGUCGCCGCACGGUGGUCGCGAGUGUGCGGGAGCGACAGCGGCGAUAGACACACAAGAAAGAGGAAGAGAGACAGGGACCUCCGGCGGCUUCGCCGUCGCCAUCCUUCUCCUCCGGCGCAAGCAACCCCCCACGUCCGUCGGCGGCGGCGCGUCCCUGGCUUGCGCGUGAUGAAAUUCAGUUCCGCUGGCGCACCGUUACAGGAGGUGAGGUGAUCCACCGUCGCCGUCGCGUGAGCGCCCGUCCGGCCGCCAAAGUGCCGCGAGUCUGGCCGAAGUGUUGAAAGAAAGAGACAGUGAGAGAGGAGAGAGGAGAGUGAAGAGAGGAAGAGCGCGUGCGAUAUACGCACGUAUUACGCGCGACGCGCUAGAAAAGUUCCCAGGCGCCGGAUUUUGUUGAGGUGCGCAAGUAAUGAGCGAGCGAGCCGACUGACGAAACGCAGGCUAAUUGAGCGAGCCGCCGCCGCCGACAACGACAACGAUCACGACGACGAGGACGAGGACGAAGAUUACACCUGCGCGACGACGUAUCGUCAUCAUGGGCCUGCGAGGGCGGCGUUGAAGGAGACGGACUCCCAAAGGGUAGGAUCGCCAAACCAGGCGAGGACAACGACGGGAGCAGGAAGCGUCGGUUAGAGGCGAAAGGCAGGCAGGGAGGUCGCUCUACCUGUCUUCGGGGAACCGAACGCGAGGAGAGCCGAGCACCUCGACCUCAACUCGCCGACGCGCUCUCGCAGGCAGGCAGGCAGGCACGCACGCACGCACGCACGCACGUACGUACGUACGUACGUACGUACGUACGCACGCACGCACGUCCGCACGACCAACCGACCGGCUGUCACGACCGCCAUGUUAUCCCGGAGCAGCAGUGGUGUUACGUCGUGCGUGUCGUCGUUGGCGCCGCUGCUCUGCUUCCUCGUGCUCGGCGCCGCCGGCCUCGACGAAUCCGGAGUAGAUAAGUCGAAAGCAACGGAAACAAAGGCUUCGCUGGAGAUCAUGUCCUCGCAGAACAUCGAGGGUAUAGAAGCAGGUAGCACACCGUCGGUGGAAUGUUGGAUGAACGUGCCGGGCCAGAUCUGGUGGAGCACCGGCGGCAGGAAUCUCACUACCGUCAACUCAAACUUCAGCGGACGACUCGACAUCAAGAAAGCCAGCAGGAACGACACGGGCGACUACAAGUGCGUGGCGCAGACUGUCGACGGCAAAUUACUCGAGAAGCACAUUCAUAUCAGAGUGAUAGAACCCGGCAGAAUAGCGUCCGGCGGCGAUGUGAGAGCGAAAGUGAUGGAAGCGGCCAACUUGACGUGUCACAUACACGGUUAUCCAUUAUCCCAAUUUAGUUGGUUAAAAGGGAAUGAUUCAGAGAGCACCGAGUACUUGAGAGAUCUGACGGUCGUCACGCAGAUUAACGAGACCUACACCAUCUUGACCCUGGAAUUCAAGAAUCUAGCCAAGUCCGGCAAGGACAAUGGCACGUAUAUGUGCCGGGCGAGCGACUACAACAGCGUGAUAAACACCACCGUACACCUGUUCGUCAUUGACGUGCCAAAAGUUAGCAUAGAUUUUAUGAAAGCGGUCGGUGCGGGCAGUAUCUUUCUAAAUUGGACCGUAAACGACGGCAAUGAGCCGAUCGAGAAAUACUUCAUCUAUCACAUGAAGAACGGCACGGAUCAGUAUCAAUACUACAUGGAGCAGAUCGGCGGCGGUAACUCGAGCUACAUCCUGAAGGGGUUCGAGAGCGGUACCGCGUACCAGAUCGGCAUCGGUGCUACCAAUGCGGCGGGCCCGUCGCACAUGCAGUUGGAUCCGCGGUGGAUCACUACGCUUGAGAAAGAUCCAGUCUUUGUGCCGAAGGUGUCAGUGAACGGCGUGACGAAGAACUCGAUCACGAUAGGUUGGACUGUACCGCCACUGGAUUUGAAGGAACACGUGCACUACUACAAUCUAAUGGCCACCCACGCCGAUCAGAAGAGAGAAGCGGUGUAUCCCGCUCAGCCGAUCACUGUGUACGCCUUUAUAGAACUCGACCCGGCGACCACUUACAAGUUCAAGAUAGCCGCCUGUAGCGAAUAUACGAAACAGUGCGGUAACUGGAGCACUGAAGUGAAUGGCACCACUCUGGAUGGAGUGGCCAGUCCUCCAAGGAAUCUCACCGUUUAUUGUAGCUACGACAAUAUAAGCAGCGCCAGUUACAUCUACAUCACAUGGGAUCAUCCAGAGAAGCCGAAUGGUGUUAUACAACGAUACAAUAUACAAGGGAACGGUACGGCUGUGUUCAAAGAUGAGAUGGGCCGUCUGAACAAUGUUUGCUCCGAUCUACCGAGCUGGAGCGUACACAAGAAGAACAACGCGCGAUAUGGUCAUGCGCUUCCCAAUACAAAUUACACGGUUCGUGUACACGGAGUAACUAGGUCUCGCACUAACGGCAUGGACGCCGUAGGGAACUGCACGACGCCAGUAGCCGUACCGAGCCGGGACAACCUGAACAUGCGCUCUUGGCGAAAGAUCGAGAGCCAAGGCAGGCAAUUGUUCAAGCUCUAUCUGCCGCGCAUCACCGAGCGAAACGGCCCGAUCUGCUGUUACCGUGUGUACCUGGUGAAGUUGCCGCCGCAGAAGACAGUCAGCGACCUGCCCUCCCCGGAGGAGACCAUGGUCUACUCUUACCAAUACGCGCACAGCUCGCCGAUUGGCGGCGCCUACAUUGCCGAGACGUUCGACAGCGACCAGCUGUCGAGCGAGAUCUUCCUCGGCGAUGGCGAAUCGUCCAAUGGCGGCGCGAUGUGCAACAAGUGUCUCGGGCUGCGUCCAAAACCAGCGCCGCCAGUGUUACACCUCGACCCCGAGAUUCAGACCACUGCUGCGGCGACGAGCAACGGAACCACCACUACCUCCACUACCACCACCACAUCGACUAUGACACCGACGAUGUCUACGAGCAGCAGUAGUAGUGGCACGACCACCGGCACAUCCAUUUCAUCGACCACCAGCACCACCAGUACCACAAUCACAACUGGCACUAGCACUACCAUCACCACCACCACCAUGAAGACAGACACAACCACGGCCGUACCGUUGAUGAAUAAUACCGAACAAGCAGAGAGACGGAAAAGGGAGGACUCGCCCGUGUUGAGGGCAUCGGUAGACGGAUCCGGAGAACCCAACGUAUUUUUGUCUCACGAUGGCUUCCUCGACGAGACGUCGAAUUAUACCGGUUUCAUUGAGGUUAUUGUGUUCGGCAGUCAGAAGGAUCAGUUUCUACCGGCUUACAGCAGUUACUUCAGUCCUCUCUAUGGCGGAGUAGAUCCCCUCAGUAUCACAGCCGCAGAAGUGACUACUCUAGGCGUGAUACUGCAGCUUUCCAUCGCCUUGAUAUUGUUCAUCGUCAUCCUACUCAUCGCGCUCUGCAUUCUGCACAGAUACACGAAACGUGCGCAAGAAAGGGAGGAGAUUAUAACUCUGCGUAAUAGUUUCAGGCAUCUCUGUAGAAGUCUAAGAGGAAGGCAUCAGCUCGUGGCGGCAAGCCCACCGGACAUGCCACCUAUACCCAAGACCGAACUCCUGCAAGCAUACCUGGAGCGUCAUCGGGACUCGGAUUACGGUUUCCAGCAUGAAUUCGAACUGCUGCCGGAUCGCUUUACAGACAGGACGACUCGCGCGUCCGAGGCACAGGAGAACCUCUACAAGAACCGUUAUCCAGAUAUCAAGUGUUACGAUCAGACGAGAGUACGUCUGGCGCAGAUGGACGGCAUCUGCGGUUCCGACUACAUCAAUGCCAACUUCGUGCUAGGCUACAAAGAACGCAAGAAGUUCAUCUGCGCCCAGGGCCCGAUGGAGAACACCGUGUGCGAUUAUUGGCGCAUGAUCUGGGAACAGCACCUGGAGCUGAUACUUAUGUUGACAAAUCUCGAGGAGUACUCGAAGACCAAGUGCGCAAAGUAUUGGCCGGACAAACGCGAGACCAAGAACUUUGGCGACAUCACCGUGGAGCACGUGAAGGAGCGCGCUUACUCGGACUACGUGGUGCGUGAAUUGAAGAUGACGCGACUGGGGGAGCGCGACGCGCGCACGAUCGUGCAAUACCACUUUCUUGUGUGGAAAGACUUUGUCGCGCCCGAGCACCCUCACGCGAUCCUUCGCUUCAUUAAACGCGUCAACGAAGCGUACUCGCUGGAGAAAGGCCCGAUCUUGGUGCACUGCAGCGCUGGCGUCGGCCGAACCGGCACUUUGGUGGCGUUGGAUUCUUUGCUACAGCAGCUUGCUGAGGAGGGCCAGGUGUCAAUCUUCAACACCGUAUGCGAUCUGCGGCAUCAACGCAAUUUCCUCGUACAAUCGCUCAAGCAAUACAUCUUCAUCUAUCGCGCGCUCAUGGAAAUGGCGCAGUACGGUGAUACGGAGAUCCCGGCUCCGCAGCUCAAGGGCACCGUUGCCAAACUCAGGCAGAGGGACAACGGCAAGGAGAAGUGUAGAAUGGAGGAGGAGUAUGACAAAAUCAGCUCCGUGCUAGAGGACCGAAAAUCCUUCUCCGUUGGCGGUGGCGAGGAGAAUAGGACGAAGAACAGAAGCGAACUAGUGAUACCUUACGAUAGAAAUCGCGUGAUACUCACUCCGGUUCCGGGCAGAGAACAUUCGACGUACAUAAACGCAUCGUUCAUCGAGGGUUACGAUAAUUCCGAGUCCUUCGUCAUUACGCAAGAUCCACUGGAAAUCACCAUAACUGAUUUCUGGCGAAUGAUCUCGGAACAAUGCAUCUCUACAAUAGUUAUGUUAUCUGACUUAAACGAAGGCCCACGGAAGUGCCCGCGCUACUGGCCCGAUGACGAGACCGAUUAUGACCACAUAAGGGUUCGCUAUAUUCACAGCGAGAGCUGUCCGUACUACACACGUCGUGAGUUCUGCAUUUUGAACACAAAGACUGACGAGAGCGGAAUGGUGAAGCAGUACCAAUAUCACGGCUGGCCAACGGUGGAGGGUGAAGUACCUGAAGUGACGCGCGGUCUCAUUGAGCUCGUGGACCAAACACUCACGAACGACGCCGAGAUGAGUGGCUCGUUAGUCGUGCACUGCAGCUACGGAUCAGACCGGAGUUCCAUGUUCGUGGCGCUCAGCAUACUGGUCCAGCAGCUGCGUACCGAGAAGCGGGUGGACAUCUUCACAACGACGAAGAAGCUGCGCUCGCAGAGACACGGCAUGAUCAGCACCUUCGCGCAGUAUGAGUUCCUUCAUCGCGCCAUCGUGAAUUACUCGGAUCUUCACAAUCUGGCUGACGACGAGCCGGUGUCAUAAUGCCUAGGAGAACGAGGCUAGAUUGUACGAAAUACUCUGUUUGGCCGGACAUGUGCGUAAGGAGGACGUUCCGCGAGUGUCCGACGAGUCCACGGACGUUCGAACGAGUUCGUACAUACGAGUUCGAACCAACCAAAGAUGAACGAGCAUUGACGAACGGUCACCAACCGCCAUCAUCCUUAUCUCACCGUCAUCGUCAUCAUCGUCGUCAUUGCCAUCGUUAUCAUCGUCGUCAUAUAAGACAAACGGACUGACGCACACGCGACGACGACGGCGGCGGCAGCGGAGACUCGCCGUGUCGUACGUGCUGCAUCUGGAGACUCUAUUUGUACAUAAUAUAUCCGCAAAUUUUACAUGUGCUGACCAUAAACAGACUACUAGAAGGAACUAAUAAGCGCGCGCGUAAGAGAGGGAAUAUCGCGGACUCCGCUGAGAAUACUCGCGGCCUGUUAGACGGAAAUCGAAACACGUUCGAAUAGUCUGCAUUCAUUAUUUACACGGAGAAAAGAAAAGAUAGCUUGAAUUAACGUGAUAAUGAACGUGAAUCAGACGCGUUUUGCUCGAAGAAAUUCCUGCUUUUCAGAACCGAUCACUAAGAAUCUAAGCUAAUAAGAAGCACACGCACACACAGGGAUGUUUAAGACUGAGAAAAAAUCUCGGCACAUGCAAUACGUCGUCUACAUUAAUCUUCCUGUAAAGAAACGCAUUAUUCGCCACCAACAUCCUUGCGCGUUUCUCAUUGGCCUAAAAUGAUUCGCGGUGAUUAAAUAUCCGAGAACCUUCAUUCAAAAUACUGGCUUUUAAAACUGAAUUUAUUAGAAUCCUGUUCCCUUCAACCAAAACGCAUUUGGUUCGUUUUUAUCGUCUUAUCAAUCGAUCUUUUUUCUUCGCACAUGUAUGGAUUCGCGACGGUCGCUCAGUCAAUCGGUCAGAAUCGCGAGAUGCGAGAUGGACAAGACUUGCGGUGCGGCUACAUCGCGAAACUGUUACACAGAAGCUUAUUUUUUAUCGAUAGUCUAAUGAUCCACCGGAGCGUAACAUGUGUCCAGAAGUGCAUCGAAGUUCCGCGAUCGAAAUUCCGGGAUGACGAGCGAUGCUCUCGGGCCCGAGAACGGGCCGACAAGAUGAAGAUGUCAGAGCUCUCUCUCUCUCUCUCUCUCUCUCUCUCUCUCUCUCUCUCUCUCUCUCUCUCU